AUGGCAUCAAUCAUGUCAUCGCGCCUUGUGCGCGUCUCCGCACCCCUUGCCCAUCUCCGCGCAACCGCGGUCCCAGCCCGGGUCUUCAUCUCGAGGUACAGCACCGACACCCAGCAAGACGUCAUCAAAACCCAACAGAUCCCUGCCCCGGGCUCAGGGCAUGUGCGCGUGCUCCAGUUGAAUCGACCCGAAGCGCGCAACGCGAUCUCGCGCCAACUCCUUGACUCACUGUCCAAGCACGUCGACGCCAUCGCCGCCGAAGGCGGCAAUGGCCCAACUCGGGCCCUGGUUAUUUCUAGUAAUUCGGACGCGGCAUUCUGUGCCGGCGCAGAUUUGAAGGAACGCGCGGGCAUGUCGCAGGCCGAAACCGAAGACUUCCUCCUCCAGCUCCGCGCCACUUUCAAAAACCUUGCCUCUCUGCAGAUCCCUACCAUCUCUUCAGUCUCCUCUAUGGCGCUUGGCGGUGGCCUGGAGCUCGCACUAUGCACCCAUCUUCGCGUUUUCGCCUCGUCCAGCCUUGUCGCCCUCCCCGAGACCCGCCUUGCCAUCAUUCCCGGAGCGGGUGGUACCUAUCGGCUCCCGUCCAUUGUUGGGGUGAACCGCGCCCGGGAUAUGAUUCUCACAGGGCGCCGAGUGACCGGUCCUGAGUCCUACUUUAUUGGACUUUGUGACCGCCUGGUUGAGGUGCUGCCCGAGGAGGAGGCCCAGGCAGGAGUUGCGCGCGAGAGAACUUUGCGCGAGAGUAUCAAGCUGGCCCUGGAUAUCUGUGAGGGUGGCCCCAUUGCUGUCAAGAUGGCGCUGCAGGCCGUUGAUGCCCAUGCCCUGGGCGAGCGCGCGGAAAACGCUGCUUACGAGGGUGUGGUAGAGACGGAUGAUCGGUACGAGGCGCUGCGCGCCUUUGUCGAAAAGCGGAAGCCGGCGUUCCGUGGGAAAUAA